GACAAGCAGAGCAGGAGCAGGCGAGCAGCAGACCUCCUGUCUGUCGACUCCUGCCCGGAGUACGCCGCGCGAGGACGAGGGAGCGGUCGCCGGCCUCGGCAGCGGGCGGAGGAGGAUGGGGCGUGGGGGAGCGGGUGCGGAGGUGGAGGUGGAGGAUGCCGGCUCCGGCUGGGAGAGCAGCAAGCCGACGCUGCUGCAGCGGUGGUCCUCGUCGGUGUGGGCCAUCAGCGGCAGCGGGCAUCUGCUGUGGGCGGGCAACGAGGCGUGGCGGGCGCACGUCGGGAUGGCCUUCGUCCAGGUCGCCUACGGCGGCUACCACGUCCUCACCAAGUCCGUCCUCAACGUCGGCAUGAACCAGAUCGUCUUCUGCGUCUACCGCGACCUCGUCGCGCUCGCGCUCCUCGCCCCCAUCGCCUUCCUGCGCGAGAGAAGCGUGCGCGCGCGGCGCCCGGUGACUCCUCGCCUCCUCGCGUCCUUUGCUCUUCUCGGAUUCACUGGGAUCUUCGGGAACCAGCUCCUCUUCCUGCUAGGCCUCAGCUACACCAACGCCUCCUACGCGGCGGCGUUCCAGCCGGCGAUACCGGUGUUCACGUUCCUCUUGGCCGCAAUCGUCGGCGUCGAGGUGGUCAACAUCUUCACGAAAGAUGGGGUUGUCAAAGUUCUUGGCACAGCCGUGUGCGUCUUUGGCGCCGUCUUGAUGGUCUUCUACCAAGGCCCGUCUUUGAUUGGGAUGGGAGGCGCCACUGCAGCCGAUGCAGCUGCCCUGGCCGGCACUUGGAGCAGCAAUGCCUAUUCUCCUCAGUGGUUGACCGCAACCGCCAUGCUCCGAAAUGGUCUGGACGCAUGGAGUCUCGGGGUCGUCUGCCUCAUUGGAAACUGCUUCCUGAUGGGUGCUUACCUUGUCAUUCAGGCCCCGGUGCUGAUAAAAUAUCCUGCAAGCUUAUCCCUAACUGCUUACUCCUAUUCUUUUGCAACCUUGUUUAUGGUGGUUACUGGAGUAUUUGCUACCAAUGGGCUCCAUGAGUGGGCACUGACAACGACCGAGAUAAUAGCCGUCGUAUAUGCUGGAAUUGUUGCGUCCUGUCUCAACUAUGCAAUCAUGACUUGGGCAAAUAAGAUUCUUGGGCCCUCUCUAGUGGCCCUCUAUAAUCCACUCCAACCAGCAUGCUCUACCUUGCUUUCAACUAUUUUCCUUGGAACCCCAAUUUAUGUUGGAAGUGUUAUUGGGGGACUCUUCAUCAUUGCUGGUCUUUACCUGGUUACCUGGGCUCGGUACAAUGAAGCUCAGAGAGUUCUGACUACCCGUUAUUUACAACCUCUUCUUGUGGAGGAUCUACCAACCACCAAAGCAGAAGGAAGUUCCUUCAGGGGCUCCAUCGAUCCUUAGACCCCAGAGAGGCUGGUGGAUUGCCUCAAUUGUCUUUCUAGGACAGCAGCAGCAGAUUUAUUUCAUGUCUUUGUUGUAUAAUACCAAUCUUGCCUAGAGUCAUCCUCCACAUAAUUACUACCAUUCCAAGCAUCCAAACAAGGUUCCAUUAUCAGGAAGAAUGACGGUGUACUGAAAAAAUAUCAUAUCCUGAACAUAGUCCGGAUAUUCUGGUAUCCCAAUCGGCAUUUUUGUUCCCAGCAUUUGCAGAAGAUAACUUUGGUUAGGUGCAUUGAUCCUUCAACUUCAACAGCUUUGUCUGUACAAGUCAAAGGCCAACUCCAGUUGGAUUAACCUCACCAAUGAAAGAAUAUCCUUUAUGCCUAAGAAGUGAAGCUGCCAUGCACUAGAGCUAUCAUACUCGUGGCAAGACAAAUUUUUCUUCUCUGAUGAUGGAAUCCAACCUGUUCUCUGUAUUCAAGGGAGAGACAAAAUAACUCUCCAAAGUUCACAUAUUCAUGUAUCAGAUUUUAGAACAAUUGGACUAUGUAUACUCGUACUGUGCCUUUUUUGUUGUAUGGGCGUUCAUCUUCUCUAUAUAUCUCCGAUCCUGUCUGUGCUUCCAGCUCUGUAUAAAAGUUACUUGAUGCUGUCUAUGCUUCCCCUGAGUAAAUUUUUAUACGAUCAGAUAUUGAAUUCAA